AUUCAUUUGGCACCUGUCAAAUUUACAUGUUUUGGUUUUGAUUUUGAAAACUUUUACACGUGCAUAAAAAAGAAACUCGAAUUUUGGAAAAAAUGUCGAAUGAAGAAGAAAUGAUUGAGAGCGACACCUCAUCGGACAGCGAGGACGACGAGGGCCCCCAAGAAAAUGAAGAAAUGGAGGUAGACGACGGUGGGAAUGAAACCGGUGAAAAUCAAAGAAAAACUGAAGUUUUUUUACCGGGAAAAACCGUAGAGCAGGGCGAGGAAUUGGUGUGUGAUCCUACGGCUUAUGUGAUGUACCAUCAGGCCCAAACCAGCGCUCCGUGCCUAAGUUUCGACGUUAUUCCUGAUUCACUAGGUGAGAGUAGAGACACAUAUCCUUUGACGGCCUAUUUAGUAGCUGGUACCCAGGCACCCACAACCCACGUUAAUAACGUAAUUGUAAUGAAACUUACAAAUUUACAUAAAACAACCAAAAGUGAGGGAAAUGAGGAGGAGGAUGAUGAUGAAGACUCUGGGGAUGAAAGUGACGAAAAAAGGCCUAGAAUGCUUGCAGCACUUAUGAAACACCAGGGAUGCGUAAAUAGGAUUAGGAGUACAGUUAUAAAUGGAACAGUCCUUGCUGCAUCUUGGAGCGAACUAGGUAGGGUUAACAUUUGGAACUUGAAACCUCAAUUACAAGCCAUAGAGUCUGACCACUUAUUACAACAAUACAAUAAGGAAAACAAGCAAAAUUCUACUUCACCAUUGUUUACGUUUAGUGGUCAUAAAACUGAAGGGUUUGCUAUGGAUUGGAGUCCUACCAUGAGUGGAGUUUUAGCCACCGGGGAUUGUAGGAAAGACAUUCACAUUUGGAACUCAUCAGAGGCUUGUUCUUGGCAGGUGGAUCAGAGGCCCCUAAUUGGACACCAGGAAUCUGUAGAGGAUUUACAAUGGUCUCCAAAUGAAAGAAAUGUACUAGCCAGUUGUUCAGUAGAUAAAAGUAUCAGAAUUUGGGAUACAAGAGCCAACCCUAGUAAAGCUUGCAUGAUUACUGCCGAAAAGGCUCAUGAGAGUGACGUUAAUGUUAUAAGUUGGAACAGAAAUGAGCCCUUCAUAGUUAGUGGUGGAGAUGAUGGUUUUCUCCAUGUCUGGGACUUGAGAACGAUUCGACAGCAGGUGCCUUUGGCUACAUUUAAACACCAUACGGAACCUGUGACAACUGUUGAAUGGCAUCCGACAGACUCCGCUGUUUUUGCUUCUGGUGGCUCAGAUAAUCAAAUUGCCUUAUGGGACUUGUCUGUUGAGAAAGAUGACGAAACCAAGGAUGAAAUUGAGGUAAGUAAUUUUAUUGGAACAAUAAAAAAAAUUAAAACAACUCUUUUAUUUAAGGGUGUACCACCACAACUUUUGUUUAUUCAUCAAGGACAGGACAAUAUUAAGGAGCUUCACUGGCACAAGCAACUACCUGGUGUCGUGAUCAGUACUGCAGAGAGUGGUUUUAAUAUAUUCAGGACUAUUAGUGUGUAAAGUUUAAAUAAAUGUUGAUUUAAGUACA